ACAUAUCGUGCCAGUCUCAGCGACGUCACCAUUGUGACAGCGUAGUACGAGGUCUGGACUCGAAAGCCGAGCAGUAAAAUUGCUGCACAUUGCGACGAAUGAUAUGAAGAGUAACUGGUGGCUCGGUAGAAAAGUGCAUUGGGUACCCGUAGACUCGUGCCUAGUAGUGGUUGAGAGUUUCAACCGAAUGAGGUGCGUGAAUCACAAUCGGAGCCCCGGAGAAAAGUGACGGUGACGUGCACGGGGAAAGGAAGGAGGUAAAUCCUUGUGGAUAUGAAUCUGGAAGCGUCGUCAGUCAGAUCCUAUUCCGACGACCUAUCACAGAGGGCAGGGGGUCGAGGAUUCUGAUCCGCUCUCCUGAUCAUGACAUGAUCAUGAUCAUCUGCAACCGGACAGAUGUAUAUAAUUAUUCUUGUGUGAGGAUCAAGUCAAAGUUCCAGCUUUUGAUGGAGCAGCACCAGAGGCAAAUAGAUCUUGCAGAUAACACUUGCAGUGCAGUGUCAAUGAUGGGCGGUUCAACAGAAAAGUACAAGAUGCAUGCUCCAAUCUCUCCAACCCCUCUGCUCCCUCUGCACCCAGUAUUAUGUUUCACCGUUCACGACAUCUCCAUCUAGCCAGAAUUUGCCUUCUUAUCCAACAGGAUUGGAAAAGUUGGUUGUAGGCAGUCGACCUACGAAAGAGAGAGAGGAGAGGGAGAUCCCGGGGCCACAGACUGAUCGAAAGGACUGACCCUGUGCAACCUUUGUCAGUCAGUCGGUCCAGACCUUCAGACAGCGCACCGCUUCUGCAAGAAUGCCCGAUCUUGUGUCUACAUCUUUCCCUCGGAUGCAACCUCGUCUCCAUGGACUCUGUCGAUCAUGGGAGAACAGAGCAGACCAUGCCAAUCAGGGUUAUUUAAUCGGCCAACUAGAUCUGGAAUCCGAAUCUUCGAUUUUACGUUCGUACAAAGCUGCACGAAUAGUCUCGCAAUUGGGUCGGACUGUCUUCCUGUCAGUAUACCGGGGAGACGCAGACCCACAGGGAAAGCUCUGCAUUCCAAUUAUCGCUCUCUUCUCGAGCCGAGCAUGAGAUUCGUAUUGACUUUGUCAAAGGAGAUAACUUGGUCACGACGUAUGUUAUUUAGGGCGACAGGUUUGCACAGCCCAGGUUGCAGCGUGCACGGCCCAAUCUUUCGGCACACCGUUCCCGAUUGAUUUCGACAAUCCAAUAUCUUUGCGAGUGGAGAUUUUAUCCCGAGACCGGUGUCACGGGAGGACCUAUGCAGACCAAGGGAGUCAAUUUCUGAUACGGAAACCCGAUAGUAAGUCCCUUGUGAGCCCAUUAUAAACGUCAGUGCAAGCGAGCAUGCAAUCAGGUGGCUAUAUUGAUGGUACUACAGAGCCCAUAGUACAGCUCAAGAGGUGCCGAUCAUACCCCAUGUCAACUUGACAGAAUUCAAUCACUCGGUUGGUUGAUGAACGUCGUGGUAAAUAGUUGCAUAUACGGCAACACAUGAAGAGGUCAAGGUUACUUCGGCACCACCCACAGUACGCCGUGGUGUGCAGAGUGUCGCUUGCUCGUGAAUCGUCAAUCGAUCUGUCGAUGGCGUGCGCACUGUACUCGACACACUGACUUCUUCACGAUGUGGGAGAGGAUCUUCAGAUACAGCCCGAGUCCAAAUUUGCUAGGUGGAGCUAAAUUCAUAACUGCGGGGUCAGUGCUCACAGAUACAGGGUUUAGCUGCUCGCUGCUGUCUGAAAUCUACUGCUCGGCGCAUCAUCUGUCUCGGAAGCUUGACAACCGUCUAGUCCAGGAAGAGCUGCUCCAAACGCCGUCCUGCAAGGACAAAGGGACCUUGUACCAUAAGCUAUGACGUAUUCUUCGAACGUAGUUUCAGAUCGAUUCCGAUGUGAAUUGUCUAGGUAGCAACAUCCCACGUUCGUCCUCUCUACGCGUCGAAUCGAUGUAGAAUCCAUAGACCAUUCCAGAACUUUGUCACGUCGAAUUCCGGUGUGCUACCUACGUUUGAAUCACUUCCUACUUCCGACUCUACGACGUGACUGUAUCCGAGAACGGCCUCCAUUAUUUUACUCAAAUUAACUGUGACGGGACAUAGUAUGCAUCAAAGAACGAAUAAAGUUCUAAGAGAGGUCUUCACGGCUUUGGUGGACCUUCUUCGUCAUGCCAAGAGUGGCCCUUCAGGACGCAAGGGGAAGCCAUCGACGAUGUCGCGGCGCAUCGUCGAGGGCAAUUUUCUAGGGUGUCUAUCAGUCGAUUCGGCCACUUUCUCCCUUAUCAGUUGACGUCAUCGUACUGUGUUCCACUCCGUCGGUGAUUAGACGCCGGCCUUCAGAUGCCUUGGCAGAACGUCGCAGCGCAUAGAAGCGACGUCUCUUACAACAACAGCCCUCGCAGAGGCCAUGGAUGAAUCCGCGAGAAGGCUGGCUGUUUACGUCUUGGGCGACUGACACGUAAAUGCGUGGAAACGCACUAGCGAGGGAACACUGCUUUCAGGUGAUAUCCCCAUCCCCCGGAUCGGAAGAAUCAUACGCAUCGUCUCCUCCUACAGACUCGCGCGGACCAGUACGAAAGCACAGGAGGGGAAAUUCAUAAUUAAACUGGCCUAAGCCAUUGAUACAUUGCCUUACAUGGUGCAAUUCAUUUGGAUACUGCACGGACGUUUCAAUUGGGGAGAUGUUCAGAGGAGGCCUGUACACUGAGCUGCUCGAGGAAUAAGUCGAAAAAUUUUCCUUGUGACCAGUUUUUGUUCAUAUGAUGCGGUCUUCUGCAGGCCAUAGCCUUGUUUGCAUGUCCAAUGCUUCCACCCAUAAGCCUUGCACGAGGUGAGAAUAUACACUCGUGACAGAAGAAACACAAACCACAAGUUGCUGACGUGAACAGACAUGAGCGUGAUGAUGGGGUCCCCUCGCAGGACAGACGAGGGCCACCCGGAUCCUGAUGCUCAAAGCGACCGAGGAACCUGCGAACACGAAACAUCUUCGCCUCGGUACAGCGACGAGGAAUUUGACUUGGAAGAUAGCUACACGCUUCGUAACAGCGAUGAUGAAUACGAGAGCAAAAUCUCCUCGCCUCGAAGCAGCGCAACAGAAUACAAUAGAACAGAUCCCUUACAUGGAAGGAUGCAAGGGACGUAUGAUGCUACUAAUUAUUACCCAUAUGAUGCGGCUGAAGAUGCGCUUGAUAGCAUGACUUCCUCACCUCCAGAUAGAGAGGAAAGUCACGAAUCCACCGACUUUGCACCCAGUGAAAGCGAAGGAACCUUCGAGGUCAGCGAUGUUAAGAGUAGAGGCAAGGAAGCAUGUCCUCUAGGCGAUAUAAGUGAACCCAAUUGCAAGGAACUUUCUCCUAAAAGCAGCGACGAAGAAAAAGGAAAAUCUAUUCAACCGUAUCCACGUACGACGUGGUAUAGAUGUGAAAAGAAGGGGCCUCCUCCUCUACCCUUCCUUGCAAUUCAACUUGAAUUCAUUCGCCGAGAUGGUAACGAUCGUCUGAAGAAAAAUGACUACGAUGGAGCACUUGCUCGAUACACGGCGUGUAUCACGAAAGGGCAGUCCUCCCUUCUCGAUCCAUCGACGUCUCCGACAUGCAAGAUGCUUCUGAAGAGGAUUUUGAAGCUAGCAUACUCGAACAGGGCACAAAUGCACCUCAGCGGGAAGCUAUGGGAAGAGGUUUUGAACGAUACAGCAAAAGCACUUAAGUUUGACAGACACCAUAUCCAGAGCUUGAUCCGCAGAGGAAAAGCUCUGCAUAGUCUCCAGCAGUAUAAACAGGCUUGCCAAGCAUUCGGGGCAGCUUUGGACCGGAACCCAAAUAAUUUGCAAGUAGCAGCUGCUCUCCAUGAGAGCAUGACGAGCCACCAUCAGUCUGUUUCCGGAAAAUAUGACCUCUCCCACUUCCUCCUUUACUCAGGACCUCCUCCGGAAUGCAGCGACUACGUCGGCCCUGUGGUGAUCAAAGAGGUCGCUCAUGCAGGCCGAGGAUUAUUUGUGACCAAGAAGGUCGAAGCAGGUAGUCUUCUUAUUGUGUGCAACGCGUUAGCCAUAAGCUCAAUCUCAUCCUCGAGUACCAAUUCCGACUUAAGCGUGAGACUUGCUCGGCUGAUUAUGAAACAACUGAAGGCAUCAAAGAGAUGGGCGCAUCAGAUGUAUUACCUCACUAGUGGUAAGCCGGAACAAGACAAUCAGGAGAUUCCAGACAUGAAGAUGUUUAUUCCUGGAAGUGAUUGGUGUCCCGAUCCCAGCAAAGAUGUAAGCCUAUCUUUCUUGGACAUUGCGAGAAGAGUUACUCUCAAUACCUUUGAUGCAUCGAGAGCACUCUUUGAUGGACAGAAACUUGAAUCAGAGGGGAAAACUGAACCGGUUAUAUCGUCUGGUGUCUGGGUUCUACCGUCCUUCUUGAACCACUCUUGCGUCCCGAGUACUGGAAUCAUGUUCGUGGGGAAGGCAAUGUUCAUAAGAGCUGCUAGAAACCUUGAGCCUGGAGAAGAGCUGACUACCUCGUACACUGCCUGUUACAAACCCAAUCGGCGCAAAUCCAUCAGAAAAUGGAGCUUCGAGUGCCGUUGUGAAAGAUGCCUGCAGGACGCAAUGCUUGAGCCGUACUUAGAUGAGCUGAGGAGGGAACUGGAUGCUAAUUAUGCCCACUUCUCAAGCAAAAAGUCCACAAAGUCAGAAAAAAUGGACGCAGUAAUCAAAACUAUUGAUAUGAUCGGACGAGUGGAAAGUGCGAUAGAGUCCUUGCCUUUGGUACUGGACGCUCAGAGGAAGAACUGGGUGCGGGUAUCAUUCAUGGCGGUUUACAGCAACAAGUUCCAUAUGGCCAGGACAGGGACUGAUCUCGGCCAGACGAUUCAGGCACUUCAGCAGCUCGCGGCGAUUGAACAGUCCAUCUAUGGAGGAGGGGUCCAAUACGCGAGUUUGCGCACUUCAUCCCAGUUACUAGGCUAUGUUCGCAGAAAAUUUGGCAAGAACUCCGAGGAUUUUAGGCAGACACUAGAGCAAGUACUGAAGGUCUUCAGAACAGCGUUGGGCGACAUGGAAGAGCAAUUUUUUAUGCAACUCAUCAAAAUUAGAUACAGCAAAAAGCAUCCAAGACACCUCACUUGGCUCGACUACUCGAAGUAGAUCCUUUGACUACCGCCAGUAUCCCUGGAAGUUUCUUCAGUGUGCUUUUACCUGGUAAGAGACAAAGCUCCGACGACGCUCGGGCUUCAUGCCGGAGUGAGAAGUUCAUCCCGACAUCGACACAUAAAAUGCAAUAUGAGUGGGUUGAGUUCACUGGACGUGACAUCAAACGCCAAAAAACGCAAGUCAAACAAGACAAAAAAUUUAUCUACGAAAUAUCGAGGUGCAGCUCGAAGGGUUUAACCAGAAACGGAUUGACCAGCCAGAUGGGUGUGGGGAGGGCGGAAAGCUUUGUCCUUCAGAAGAAGGUCUCCCAGGUGCUGAACGGGAAUCCAAGACAAUGUGGCCUGCACUCCCGCGAUAGAAGCUACGGCAAACCAAAAAUUAUUGACAAAUUAUUCCAAACUGUGAUCAUAUACCAAUAAUCGAGGCAAUCCAUGAAGUUAGAAUUUCAACAUGCAAAAGGACUAUACACUUCAUGUGGUUGUGUAGAUGAAACUGAUGUCCAUAUAUGUAAGCAUUUCAUGAGCUAUAAAAUUGAAACUGUCGAACUGGAAGAAAAGCGA